CAGUUACAUUUUUAAUUAACGAUGCCAAGUACUUGUUGUUGUGUACCUGAAUGUCAUUUAAGAGGAGGACAUGCAUUUCCAAAUGACUUAAAAAGAAGGAAAAGUUGGAUCAACGCCAUGGCCCAUACGCAGAUUGGACGAGAACACGAUGAAAUCGUGGAGUCCAUCUCAAUCAGCUGUAGUUUGCAAGGCACAUUUUACUGAAAAAGACUACGUGCAGGAAACUAUUCAUGGGCGCAAACCCACCAUACAGAGACUUAAGUCUACUGCCAUUCCCAGCCUAUUUUCCUGGACCAAGCAAGAGACUGAAUCGUCCGCAAAAAGAAAAAUCAGGGCAGUUUCCUGUGAAAACAAAAGAACUAAACUUGAUGAAUAUUGUAGUAGAAGUCUAGAGGAAAGUUUUGAUUGUAAAGUUGGUUUUCCUGGAGAAGUCAUUCAUACUGCAGAAAGGAUUUAUGACUGUCCACCACCAACUGCCAAGCUAAUGUUGAGCUUCACAGAUGGAAUUACACAAACACCAUCAAUGCCUAUAUUUUCAGCAAGGAACUUUGAAAUGACGACACGUACAUAA